AUGCCGUACGGGCAACGGUGGAGGCAGCAUCGCCGCCUUUUCUGGCAACACUUCCAUCCUGGCGUGAUCUUCAAGUAUCAGCCAAUACAGAAGGCCGAGGCGCACAAAUUCCUGGGUAAAUUGAUGGAGUCACCUUCGCGAUUGACGCAUCACAUCAGAACCCUCUUCUCGGCGAUAAUGCUCAAGGUGGUCUAUGACAUUGACGUCGCUAGCGAAGAUGAUGAACACGUUCUCUUGCUCGACGACGCCAUGGAGGCCCUUAGUUUGUCCAGCCACGGUGGCUUCCUCAUUCAGAGACUUCCUUUCUUACGACACGUACCCGCAUGGCUUCCCGGGGCUGGGUUCUUGAAAGUCCUCGCGCGAUCAAGGGCUGCUAACCACCGCCUCAAGCACGAACCGUUUGACAAGCUGAAGGCAUCUUUAGAACGGGGAGAACUUCACCCGUGCGUUGCCGCUGACUUGCUAGCGAGAAAGGAGGCAAAGGAUGAGCUGGAUGCUGUGGUCGAUGAAGACGAUCUGCUUAAGAAUGUCUGUACGAUCACUUUUGAAGCUGCUUCCGAUACUUCCUUCGCUAUGCUUCAAGCCGUCUUUGUCGCAAUGGCCCUCUAUCCAGAUGUACAGAAGAAGGCGCAAGCUGAGCUGGAUGUUGUCGUCGGACCGACGCGCCUGCCGAACUUCGAGGAUGUUGACUCGCUCACAUACGUCCAUGCGAUAAUUAAGGAAGCGUUGCGCUGGCACGUCGAAGCACCCCUCUGCAUUCCCCAUUGUACCGUCGAAGACGACACUCUCAAUGGGUACUUUAUUCCGGCCGGUACUGUGAUCCUCCCCAACACUUGGAUGAUCUCUGGCAGGGAGAUGAUGCACGAUCCUGACGCCUACAAAGACCCAGACGAGUUCCGCCCGGAGCGCUUCAUACUGGACGGCAAGCUGGAUCCCAGCAUCCGCGACCCCGAUGCUUUCGCGUUUGGUUUCGGUAGAAGAAUAUGCCCUGGAAGAUAUAUGGCGCACGCUUCCCUGUUCAUGGCCGUCGCCUCCGUGCUGCACGUCUUCGACAUCGGGCUUCCGCUCGACGAGCGCGGUAAGCCAAUCGCCAUCAAAUACGAGCAGACCCACGGCCUUCUCUCGUAUCCGGAAGACUGCCGAUGUUCUAUCGUACCUCGCUCGUCGGCGGCGACGUCCCUAGUAUUGGAUGCGCUGCGCAAGCUACCACCCACGACAACUUAA